AAAAUAAAAUAAAAAAAUACAUAAAAUAAAAAAAUGAAAUAAAAAAAAAUUGGUAUACAAGAGCGAGGUGGUAAUCUCAUUGUUUUUACUAUAUCAUUAUGAUAAUAUUGUCAUUUGUUAUUAUAGCUUCUAUCGAAAUUAUUUCUAUCGACCUCCCUAUGUGAACUGAGGAAAUUCUAGUGAGUCCUCAGAGGCUUAAUACAAAUGUAAAUCUAGUUUAAAUGUGCAGAUCUAGCUUAUGGAUUAGGCCUUUAUGAACUGGAAGAUGUAUAUGCAACUGAAUAGAGCCACUUUACACCUAGUUUUCAUACGCUACUCUCAGCAAACAGGCAGGGUGGCCGUGGGAGUACAGAAAUUGCCCUGUCUGUUCAUUUCUAGAGAAAUGUUUAUCCAGGCCAUAUAUUUGUUAUGGAAACUUCAUAUGUUAGAAGUAAUCGCAGUUGUGUUAAGUAAUGCCAUAGAAAUAUGUCGGGGGAAAAAAGCGUUAAUAAACAGAUCAAUUUUUGACAAUAAAUUCCGUAAUCACAACCCUUUUAUACAAAAACAAUAUGUAUAUUUCAUUAAAAGUGCAUAUUGACCUCCCAUACAUUUUUUACCAGACCGACAGUCUCUACAUCAGCUGUGUAUCACGUGAUAAAAUAUCAAGAUAAAAUCGUACAGUGUAUGUAUAAAUCGUUCCAUUGGCACGAUAUCCAGAUAUCAAUGCAAGUUGAAGUUAAUAUAACUUCAAAGCAUAUUAAUUUCUUAAUUUGAAAAGUGUUGGGGGCAAGUCUAUCGUGACUUGUAACAUGUCUAAUUUUUGUAUUGAAUAUGCAAAAUGCAGCGAUUUUUGAAUAUACGAAGUUGAAUCUAGCCUGAAAAACAUGUUUUCUGUUGAAGUCACAACUUGCUCCCCUAAAUUUCCUUUUUCACUGAAGUUCACAUGUCACAUAAAUCAAAAAAUUUUCACUCAAAAACCUUGGGGUGUCGUGCUGAUGAUGAAAUUUUUAUGUACGGCAGGGCUUGAGACUAACUGUUUAUGUCAUUAGUCCAUUCGGACUGAUAUUGUAUAAUUUCAACCAGUCCGCAGAAAAAUUCAUCAGUCCACCAGAGUUUUCCAGUAAAUAUUAUACAUAUUUCGUUAAUGUUAAUAAAAUGAAAUUUAUUAAUAAGUAGAUUUGCCUCAGACAAUAUUGUAAUACUUGAUAUGUAAGAUUUAUAUAAUUAAUUAAAUAAACUUACUGGGUUCGUCUAAUAUCUACAGAGAAAUACCAAAUGCAUGUUUAAGACUCUAUAAGUAUGUUUUCCAAAAUGACGUUUUAGAAAAUUGACCAGUCCGAUUGGACUGACUAAAACAAAUAUCAGUCAGUCCGCCAGACUUUUAACCAGUCACAGACUGACAGGCAUAUGUUAAUUUCGAGCCCUGUACGGAAACCCUGUUUAUGCAAAUGAGUCCAUUGUGAAAGUCACUAUACAUGCAGAUUAGGGGUGAUAUCAAGAUCACAAUACAAUAUGGAUAUUACUUUAGCAGAUAUAAAAUUAACAGAGCACAGCAAGCCUCCAAAUGUCAACAUUGGUUUUCCUGUAACAAAAACAAGUCGAGCUGUUGCACAGACAAAAGCAGUAAUCAGGAGGAACAGGAAGGAGCUACUGGCUUUAGUUCAAGACGGAAAGUUGAAGCUUGACCUAGACAAGGUAGAUGAAGAAUCUUGGAACACCAAUAAAAAAGAAGAGCUGCACCAGCUGGCUGAACAUUAUGGUGUGUUCCGCGAUUUGUUUGGUGGUGCUACCUUUUAUCCUAUUGUCAAUCUUGAUGUCAGCUACGACAUGUCAGACGAGUAUGAAAUACCAGUAUAUCAUGGGAAUUUCAUUACACCAUCCCAGACUUGCCAUCCUCCGAGUGUCAACUACCAGGCAGAGUCAGACAGUUUGUGGACUUUGUUACUGACUGCCCCUGAUAGCCACCUACAGGACAACAGUGCAGAAUACCUCCACUGGCUUGUGGGAAAUAUACCAGGAAAUGAGAUCAGCAAAGGGGAAUUACUCUGUGAUUACUUACAGGUGUUUCCUGUGAAAGGAACAGGAUUCCAUCGCUAUGUGUUUGUUCUCUUUAAACAGGAACAGACGAUUGACUUCAGCGAUGACAGACUAACCUCAAACACAUGUUCUUUAAAAGAAAGGACUUUCAAAACGUUUGACUUUUAUGAAAAACAUCAGGACCAUUUGACCCCUGCAGGAGUCAGUUUCUUCCAAAGUGAGCAUGAUGAGAGUAUUCGGGAGCUAUUCUGGAACAAACUUGGUAUGCAGGAGCCAUCAUUUGAGUUCGUUUUUCCUGCUUCAUAUCAUCCUAAACAGAAGAAGUUCCCUCACAAUAAACCGUUUAACUUAUACUUAGAUCGAUACAGAGACACUAAAGAUAUAAAUGAAGAGGUGUUAAGAGAGAAACUUAAGUCUGUUCAUCCAUUUCAACCCCCAACACCACCACCGAAAUAUCCCUUCCUCCACCACCAGCAAGAGGUCAAAGGUCAGCCCACUUGGCUGAAACUGAAAAAGAAACACAUGGUUUUAAAAGACAUGCAGUGGAGAGACUCUUGAUGUGGACAUGGUGUUUAAAUUUUGUGUAUGACAAUAAAUAUUUGAAUAAUGACAUUAAGUCAUUAAAAA